AUGGCAGCUUUAGAGUCAAUGCCGGAGAGCCCACCGGAGCACGAGGAGACUCUGCAUGAGCCCAAAACACAGGGCACUCGCCCCAUGCCAGAUGACAUCCGAUUUGACGCCAUUGUCAAUACUGUGGCAUUACAUCCUAAGGAAGACAUUCUUGCUGCAGGGGAUAUCGACGGAGACAUAUAUUUAUACUCUUACUCUUGCAAUGAGAAAAACAGAGAGUUAUGGUCAUCCGGACAUCAUCUGAAGUCUUGCAGGAAAGUAGCGUUCUCAUGUGACGGCCAGAGGUUAUUCAGUGUGUCAAAAGACAAAGCCAUACAUGUCUUGGAUGUGGAGUCUGGAAGACUGUUAACACGUGUCCGGAAAGCCCACAGUGCUGCCAUCAACACUGUGCUGUUGGUAGACGAGAAUGUGCUUGCUACAGGGGAUGACGAAGGCACCCUGAAAGUGUGGGACCUGCGUAAAGGCACAUCAUUCAUGGAUGUAAAGGAACAUGAAGAUUACAUUAGUGAUAUUGCAGUCGACCAAGCCAAGCGGAUAUUACUCACCUCCAGUGGUGAUGGGACACUUGGUGUCUUCAACAUUAAGAGACGAAGAUUUGAACUUUACUCUGAGUACCAGGGUGGAGAUCUCACGUCGCUCUCCAUUAUGAAACAGGGCCAGAAGGUGAUCAGUGGUUCCAGCCAAGGUACAGUGUACAUCUUUAACUGGAAUGGAUUUGGUGCACCCAGUGACCGUUUUGCCGUGCAGGCAGAGUCUGUGGACUGCAUGGUUCCCAUCACGGACAGCUUACUGUGCACUGCAUCUAUGGAUGGAGUCAUUAGAGUCAUCAACAUCUUACCAAACAGAGUCAUGGGCAGCAUUGGACAGCAUGUUGGAGAGCCAGUGGAGGAGAUUGCUUGCUCACAUGAUAAGCACUUCCUGACAAGCUGUGCACACGACCAGUUGGUCAAAUUCUGGGACAUCUCCAGUUUACAGGACAUACAAGUUUCUGAUUAUCGCCGCAGAAAGAAAAAAGACAGCAGACUCAAAUCUAUGAAUAACAAGGCAUUUGGUGCUGGAGAUGACUUCUUCUCUGGAUUACUGGAUGCGACGGACGAAAAGGCAGAACAAAUGGAAGAGGAAAGCAGCGGCGACAGUGACAGUGAUUGAAGGCUGUAAAACUGCAUUAUCAGCCAAGCUCCUCUGAUAGCUAUUACCCCGUAUGCAAUUUUGGACCACAGCAACAUGAACUAAAUUUGAAUGGAUACACUUCAAACAGGCUGAACUUUUCCUGAAAGUCAUUAGCUGCAGAGGUCUUAAAGAAGGGAAGUCAUAUGCGCCUUUGAAAUUGUUUUAGUUCUAACUCAGUACUGUUACAAAGAUGGACCACAGCAAAGUCUCAGUCAAAGAACAGAUAACUCUUUGUAAUGUCGUUAUGAUGUCAGUCUAGUGUUUGUCAGAUGGAAUUAUGAGGAUUUGUAAAUGUUUAAAGAGGAGGAAGUGUCAAACUUUGCACCCAGAUCAGUGAAGGGACAGGUGAAUGAUAUGAUUAAUUUAGGGGGUGGGAAUCUAGCUGUAGUGUUGCUCUGAAGCCUGGCAUUUGAAAUGCUUGUUCUCCACCUUGCUGACCAUUUACUCAAACAGCCAUCAGUAGACUCCAAGGGCCCUUUUACUCUUUUUGUGUGCAAGUUUACAGUUUUGUCUGGCCUUGUUAAUACUAAUGAAGCACUGACUGCUGGAGAUUUUAACAAGCUUAGGGACGUUGAAAGUGACUGUCUGAGCCCAGCUUUUGCAUGUGUCAUCCCUCAGGUUGCACCUUGAUCCCAAGGUACAGUGUGUCAUUUGUACUGAAAAUAAAGCUGC